AUGAAUACUGCUGAUAACAAGGAAGAACAGUGUCAGAACAGCCUCAAUAAGAUUUAUUCCGAGUUGCUUCACCUCAUUUGUUCGUUUGAAAAAGGGAGUGGGUCUGAGUUGACCGUUCGUCUGAGACAAGUUGAAUCGGGCUUGGAACAGUUACGAGAAGCAGUACUUUUGAUACCAGACAUUCAGAAUAACGAACAACGUCAACGUGAUAAGAUCGCUUCUUUGUACAGACAAAUAAAGCUAAAGGAUGAGCUCAUCCAAUCCUUCGUCCACUACGAUAUUGUCGACGGAUCCGAAAGUGAGUGCAACGGUUCCUCUGUUUAUCCAUACUCCUUUCUCUCUUUCCUGUUUGAUCCAAUUAAUCCAAUGAUGUUCAAGGAGUCGACGUCAAGCGCGACUGAAGGUUCACCUAAUGAUCAGCGUCUUAUAUGCGGCAUCUGCAACAGUGUAAUUUUGCUAGCAGGAGUUGGCCGUUGGACUAAUAGGGAAGAAAUACUGCCAUUAUGUCGACAGCAAAAAGACGUAGAUACCCAGAAGGAAGCUGUCUCUGGAUUCUGGAUGGUACGUGACAUGUACGACUUCGAGAAUGUUGGCUUCACGAAUUCUGUUGAUGGUAUGAAGUACUUGACUUGUGCCGACUGUGAAUAUGGUCCCAUUGGGUUUUUGGAACCUGAAGCCAAGCUACACUAUAUGCUUUCUAGCACAGUGGAGGAACCUCUUGAUCUGAUCAAACUCAGUCUUGAUGAGAGAGUCUAUGUAAAGAUGCGUAACGAUAGAGAGAUUCGCGGUCGACUUCAUGCCUACGAUCAACACCUCAACAUGAUUUUAUCGAACGUUGAAGAAACGGUUACAACCUCAGAAGUGGAUGAAGAAUCGUUUGAAGAGAUAUAUCGACAAACAAAAAGAACGAUUCCAAUGUUGUACGUACGC